AUGAAACUAAUUUUGCUAUUUCUAGUUCUUCGUGUUGUCUACUCCUGGAAAAACUGUCAAAAUUUCUCCGGAAAAUGUGAAAAGUCUCAAAAACCCCUAGUUAUUCUAAGUCUCGAUGGUUUUGCGAGAAAAUGGUUGGCGAAAGUGGAGAGCUUGAGUUUCCUGGCAAAAUGCGGUGUGAAUGCGGAGAAAAUGUGGCCAGUUUAUCCAUCAAAAACCCUCCCAAAUCACUAUUCAAUUGUAACCGGGCUAUAUCCAGAAAACCAUGGAAUUGUGAAUAACAAAAUCUAUGAUCGAGAAAAAUCAGAGUUCGAAAAUAUCAAAAAACCGGAAAAUGGCGAAUAUUUUGGGGGAAUUCCAAUUUGGUCAAUGUUUAAGAAACAUUUUCCACAGAAAAAAGUGGAGAUUUACAAUUGGAUCGGGUCAGAAAUGCAAAUCUUGCCAGAAUAUCCAAUUGAUCAUGUCGAACCCUUCGACAAACAUCUCAAAUACCGCGAAAAAUUGGGGAAAAUUCUCAAGUCUCUGGGCUCCGAAAAUCCACCAGAACUUGUUUUGGCCUAUCAUAAUGAGCCUGAUGAGACCGCGCAUUAUUUUAUCAACAAACCGGAGAAAAUCGAGGAGGUUUUGAAAAGCGUCGAUGAAGAUUUGGAUUAUUUCCUGGGCGAGUUAGACAAACUCAAAUUGCUUAACUGUAUAAACUUGGUAAUUCUAAGUGAUCACGGCAUGCAAGAGAUUCAUCAAUUGAUAAAUCUUACAACCCUAGAAUCUGGACUCAAGGAUUUUAAAAUUGAUGAAAAUAUUAUUGGGAUGAUUUAUGAUUCGGAUAACAAGAGCAAUGGUGAUAAAGUCAAGGAAGUUGUCGAUAAAUUAGCGUGUGAAAUUGAAAAUGUCAAGGUUUAUGAUGAGGAAAGUAUGCCGUUUCGAAAACAUUAUUCGAAAUUGAGAAAUUCGAGGAUUGCCGAUAUUGUUAUGGAGGGAAAGCCGGGUAUUACUUUUGGAAGAGAUCCUGUCAAAUUUCCGGUGAGGUUUUGGGCUUAGAUCUAUGAAAUUGGGCCUAUCAAGCCUCAAAAGGCCUUAAUUCAAGCCUAAAAGAGCCUAGAAUCCCUAUACUUGAGAGACGGUUAGAGAAAACAACAUUUGUCAAUAGGGCGAACAUGCUUUUGCUUUCAAAAUUUUUUAAAAUAAAAACAAUGUUGAAAAACUCACUUUUCCUCCAGAUUUCCUCGAAAUUCACAAUCAUUCGCCUCAUAAAUUGCUUGGAUUUUUCCAUGACGUUUUUCCUGUAAAAUAGAAUUGAGUGAAAUCUAAAUAAGAACUCGAAACUGAAGAAAAAUUCAAGAAAAUACAUUUUUUGCUUUUUGAGCAACAGUUUUAGUAUAAAACUAUCGAAAAUGAUUUAAACUUGUGUUACUUGUAUUAGAAAAAUAGAUAAAUAUGAAUUUUGCAACAAGUUUCAUUCAAAUUCAUGGAGAAACAACAAAAAAUCGAUCAGCAACGACGAAAAAAAACACACACAAUUUUGAAAGAGUGCGAGACAUUCUAUUUUUAUCAAUGGGGCGCACUUCCAUUUCUACUUUUAUUUUCUUGUUUUUUUGUUUGUCGAAAACAUUUUUUCACGUAUUUUUGUUGUUUUUCAUGAAUUUGAAUGAAACUUGUUGUAAAAUUCAUAUUUAUCUAUUUUCCUAGUACAAGUAACACAAGUUUUAAUCAUUUUCGAUAGUUUUAUACUAAAACUGGUGCUCACAAAGCUAUUUUAGAUAUGGAAAAAUGUGCUUUUUUUUUGAAUUUUUCUUCAGUUUCGAGUUCUUAUUUAGAUUUCACUCAUUUCUAUUUUACAGGAAAAACGACAUGGAAACAUCGAGACAAUUUAUGAGGCGAAUGAUUUUCAAAAACGAGGAAAACUGGAGGAAAAGUGAGUUUUUCAACAUUGUUUUUAUUUAAAAAAUUUUGAAAGCAAAAGCAUGUUCGCCCUAUUGACAAAUGUUGUUUUCUCUAACCGUCUCUCAAGCCGAGGCUCUUUUAGGCUUUGUUUUAUUUAUUAUCAGACUCAAAGGGUGGCUUUAGGCCGAUGUUUAUCUUGGAAAAUAUAAAGCCUGAAUUCGAGCCUAAAAAGCCUUUCAACUGGGCUCAACCAAAGCCUGAAAUUCGGCCUAGAUGCAAGCUUUAAACUUAGGCUCUUAAGGCCUAAAUUCAGACCUUAUUAGAGCGUUUCAGCCCUAUAAUCAGGCCUAAAUCCAAGCCUAAACUAAAAAAGCCCAAUUUUUCAGGGAGACCACGGCUACGAUGCCAUUCAAUCCAACAUGAAUGCGAUAUUCAUUGGCACCGGUCCAGAUUUCCGCCAAAAUGUCAAAAUUCCACCGUUUCAAAACAUUCAACUAAUGAAUCUAUUCAUCGAUUUGCUCGAAAUCCCGCCUCACGAAAAGCUGAAAAAUGACGGAAUUGAUGGAGUUUUUGACAAAGUUGUGAAAGAUCGAAAAAAAGUUGCGAUGAAAAAUCGAUCUUUUCGAUCUUCUGAAGUGUUCGCUGAAAAUGCUGAUUAUUUUUGGGCUGAAAAUGGAGCGAUUUUGAAGCAUAAACAGAAUUCGAAGGUUUUGGUGGCUUUUGGAGCUGAGAAGAUGAGCGAUUUUGAGCUGCCAGAUCAUUUUAGAGAUCGUGAGUUUGCGGGGCGUCAAGGAACAGUGCCUUGGCAUAAGGGGAAUCAAGGGAUGACGCCUAGAAACCCUGUUUGUCAAGGGAUGACGCUUAGAAAAUCUAUCUGACAAGGGACAGCGCCUAGAAAUCCUUCUUGUCAAGGGAUGACGCCUAUAAGCCAUCCGUGUCAAGGGAUAGCUCCUAGAAACCUGGCUUGUCAAGGGAUAGUGCCUUUAAACCCUGAUUGUCAAGAGACGGCUUCUAGAAAGCCUGCUUGUCAAGGGAUGACUCCCAGAAACCAUGUGUGUCAAGGGAUAGCGCCUUGAAAACCUGUUUGUCAAGAGAUAGCUUCUAGAAACACUGCUUGUCCAGGGAUUACUCCUACACACCCUGUUUGUCAAGAGACGGCUUCUAGAAACCCUACCUGACAAGGGAUAGCGCCUACAAGCCAUGCUUGUCAAGGGACAGCGCCUAGAAAAUCUAUCUGACAAGUGAUGACUCCUAGAAACCCUGUCUGUCAAGAGUUAGUUUCUAGAAAGCCUGAAUGUCAAGGGGUGACUCCUAGAAACCCUGUUUGUUUAGGGAUGACUCCUAGCAACCCUGUUUUCAAGGGUUGACUCCUACAAACCCUGUUUUCAAGGGUUGACUCCUACAAACCCUGUUUUCACGGGUUGACUCCUACAAACCCUACCCGUCAAGAGACGGCGCCUAGACCAAAUUGUUUCAGACAUUCUCACAAAUUUGGACGGAUUUACACGGGAUUUUGUGAGAAAGCACAAAAAAGUGCAAGUAAUCAGUGGAACUGCCGAAAAUGCUGGAAAAAUGUAUUAUUUUCGAGUUUUGCUAACAUCUCGCCCCAAACACCUGCAAGCCUUCAUUUUCCCAAUUAUCUCGCCAAAAUCCUGGAAUUGCUUGGUAAGAUUAAUUUUUUUGAAAUCAAAAAACAAAAAUAAUUUUCCAGAGCUCCGAAGAAUUGCUCACCGAAUAUUUGGCGAGUUUGACAGAUGUCGAAAAAUUGAGCGGAUUGAAAUUUGCCAACAACAUCAUCGAGCCAAUUUUCAAACAACAACAAAUUGAAAAAUUGUGGAAAUCCGAGUUUUUCGCGGGGAAAUCGAUUAUUGUGAAUGGAAGCGGAAAAAUUGAUGGGAAAAUGAGCAUUUUGAUGAUUUUAUUUGUGUUGCUCAUUUGA